AUGGGGCGGCGGGCGGGCUGCUCGGUCCCGUUCUGCCUCUUCUUGCUCCUGCUCCAGUGCGAGCGGCGGCUGUGCCAGCGGGCAGCGUCGUGCCAGCCCGGCUUCGCCGCCGAGACCUUCGCCCUGACGGUGCCGCGGGACAGCGUGGCGGCGGGACGGGCCCUUGGACGGGUGAACUUUGUGGACUGUGGCGAGUCGCACCGUGCCGCCUUCCUCCCGGAUGACACGCGCUUCAAGGUGAGCAGGGAUGGCAUUGUCACUGCCACCCGGCCCCUGCAGCUCCAGCAGCGGGACAUCACCUUUGCUGUUCACACCUGGGACACCGUGGGCAAGAGGCAUUCAGCCAAGGUGACACUGCACCGGCGGCGGCACCAGCACCGACACCAUGAGCAGAUGCAGCAGAGCACAGUGCCAGACGUGCUGAUAUUCCCGGAGCACGGACACGGCCUCCGGCGGCAGAAGAGGGACUGGGUCAUCCCCCCCAUCAACUGCCCUGAGAACGAGCGGGGGCCCUUCCCCAAGCCGCUGGUGCAGAUCAAAUCCAACAAGGACAAGGAGACCAAGGUUUUCUACAGCAUCACGGGGCAGGGAGCGGACACCAUCCCUGUGGGUGUGUUCAUCAUCGAGAGGGAGACGGGGUGGCUGGAGGUGACCAAACCCCUGGACCGGGAGGAGAAGAACAAAUACGUGCUCUACUCCCACGCCGUGUCGGCCAACGGGCAGCCCGUGGAAGACCCCAUGGAGAUCAUCAUCACCGUCACUGACCAGAACGACAACCGGCCCGUCUUCACCCAGGAAGUCUUUGUUGGCUACAUUGAGGAGAACGCAAAGCCAGGCACAUCUGUGAUGACCGUGAACGCUACGGACGCAGAUGAUGCGAUCAAUAUGAACAAUGGCAUCAUCGGCUACUCCAUCCUCAGCGAGGAGCCCAAGAGUGCACAGCGGAUGUUCACCAUCAACGCCAAGAACGGCAUCAUCAGUGUCAUUGGCACGGGACUGGACCGGGAGACCACUCCCAACUACACGCUGAUCAUCCAGGCUGCAGACCAGGAAGGCUAUGGCCUGACCAACACUGCCACUGCCAUCAUCAAAGUCACUGAUGCCAACGACAACCCUCCCGUCUUCGACCCUGCCACGUAUGAGUCGUCAGUGGACGAGAACGAGGUGGGGGUGGUGGUGGCCCGGCUGCACGUGACAGACCAGGACCUGCCAGGCUCCCCGGCCUGGAACGCCGUCUACCGCAUCCGCAGCGGGGACCCGCAGGGCGACUUCGAGAUCACCACUGACCCCAAAACCAACGAUGGGCUCCUGAAAACUGCCAAGGGCCUGGAUUAUGAGACCCAGAACCGGUACAAGCUCGUGGUGUCAGUGGAGAACCAGGUCCCCUUCACCGUGGGCCUGAAUCCUGCCACAGCCAAUGUCCUGGUGGUGGUCAGGGACGUAAAUGAAGCCCCGAUCUUCAUGCCCCCAGUCAAGCGGGUGGAGGUGAUGGAGGAUGUGCCAGUGGGAUACCAGAUCACCUCCUACACAGCCCAGGACCCCGACAAGGACCAGAGACAGAAAAUCACGUAUCGCAUGGGCAGUGACCCUGCAGGGUGGUUGGAAAUUGACCCUGAGAACGGCAUCAUCACGGCAGCCCAGCCCCUGGACCGGGAGUCGGCACAUGCCAUCAACAGCACCUACAAGGCCAUCAUCCUGGCUGUGGACAACGGGUCACCAAACUAUGCCACCGGCACGGGGACACUGCUCCUCGUGCUUCAGGAUGUGAAUGACAACGGGCCCGUGCCAGACGCCCGGAGCUUCGACAUCUGCAACCGGCAGCCCGAGGAGCAGACGCUGAAGAUCAUCGACAAGGACCUGCCCCCCAACACCCACCCCUUCAAGGCAGAGCUGAUGUAUGGCUCUGGCAGCAACUGGACUGUCAGUGUGGUGCAACCAGACGAGGUGAAGCUGAACAUGAAGAAGGAGCUGGAGCCGGGCGAGUACAACAUCUUCCUGAAGCUGCUGGAUGCACAGGGCAAGGAUCAGAUCACAGCAGUGCGAGCCCAGGUGUGCAGCUGCGAGGGGCCAGCCAAGAACUGUGAGCGCAGAGCCUACAUCUCCGGUGGCAUGGGCGUGCCCGCCAUCCUGGGCAUCCUGGGGGGCAUCCUGGCACUGCUCAUCCUCCUGCUGCUGCUGCUGCUCUUUGUGAGGAGGAGGAAGGUGGAGAAGGAACCACUGCUCCCACCUGAGGAUGACAUGAGGGACAAUGUGUACCACUAUGACGAGGAGGGCGGUGGCGAGGAGGACCAGGAUUAUGACCUGAGCCAGCUGCACCGGGGGCUGGACGCCCGGCCCGAGGUGAUCCGCAAUGACGUGGCCCCCCCGCUGAUGGCGGCCCCGCAGUACCGGCCCCGCCCCGCCAACCCCGACGAGAUCGGCAACUUCAUCGAUGAGAACCUGAAGGCGGCCGACACGGACCCCACGGCCCCCCCCUACGACUCGCUGCUGGUGUUCGACUACGAGGGCAGCGGCUCCGAGGCCACCUCGCUCAGCUCCCUCAACUCCUCCGCCUCCGACGGCGACCAGGACUACGACUACCUCAACGACUGGGGCGGCCGCUUCCGCAAGCUGGCCGAGCUCUACGGCGGCGGCGAGGAGGACGAUUAG